ACUUCUGCCUGGGUCUCACCACAACCGUCCUCUGUGACUGGAGCUCGACUGAAGAGAGCUGCGACUCUGAGGACGUAGUCAAUGGAGGCCAUGGUUCUACUGACCAACUCCUUCAGAGGAACCGGGAGGACAAACCACAACGGCGAACAGGCUAGAUUCGAAGGCGGGCGGGGUGCAUGCACAGAGGGCCUCGAACUCUGGCACCAUCUUGGGCCCCCGCGGGCUGGACGCUCGGCCUUUCCCUGGGGUCAGCCAGGUUGGUGGGCUUGCGUCCCGCGCCUCUUCGACACACAGACUUCCCGUCUCUUGGGGAGAUACCGCGGAUGUCCUCCAGACGGCAGUGCUGGGGAUUCCAGUCCGCGCCGGGCUGCAGGCCUCGCGCGGAGACCCAGCCCGUCGUGGUUGGGCGUUACCCAGGUGACCUGAUAAUCACAGGACUCAUCCGCCAGACGUGGUCUCUUCUCUGCCUUGCCCCACCGACGGCUUCCAGUUUUGCAGCUAGAGUCUUCGAAAAAGGUUUAUCUCAUGAUGGGCCUUUAAAACGAACCAGAUAAAAAUGCAUUUUCUCUACCUGCAUGAUGAUCUGCAUUGUGGAAGCCAGAGUAGCUCUCCUUAUCAUUCUGGUCAUGUUCUUAGGCAUUGACAUCUUUGCCUUCUUGAUCUUCCGUCCUUCUUGGAGACGACUGGCGAGAGGAAGAGGGACUAGGUCCAAACGCUAGGUGGCUGGGUCCAGGAUGGACAACAACAAGGAGAUUUUGCUGCAGUGUGAGAGAGGCAGGAGAAUGGAGCAAACAAGAAGAGAGACGAGACCACACACCACGCUGUCCCUGGGAGACGAAGAGAGUAACCUCCUCGGUUCCUGACUUUAAAGUUCUCAAUUCCAGCCCCCUUUUAAUGAGCCGGAGACUCACACCAAGGAGGAGAUCAUCGAGCUCUUGGUCCUUGAGCAGUACCUGACCAUCAUCCCUGAAAAGCUCAAGCCUUGGGUGCGAGCAAAAAAGCCGGAGAACUGUGAGAAGCUCGUCACUCUGCUGGAGAAUUACAAGGAGAUGUACCAACCAGAAGACGACAACAACAGUGACGUGACCAGCGACGACGACAUGACCCGGAACAGAAGAGAGUCCUCACCACCUCACUCAGUCCAUUCUUUCAGUGGUGACCGGGACUGGGACCGGAGGGGCAGAAGCAGAGACAUGGAGCCACGAGACCGCUGGUCCCACACCAGGAACCCAAGAAGCAGGAUGCCUCAGCGGGAUCUUUCCCUUCCUGUGGUGGCGAAAACAAGCUUUGAAAUGGACAGAGAUGACGACAGGGACUCCAGGGCUUAUGAGUCCCGAUCUCAGGAUGCUGAAUCAUACCAAAAUGUGGUGGACCUCGCUGAGGACAGGAAACCUCACAACACAAUCCAGGACAACAUGGAAAACUACAGGAAGCUGCUCUCCCUCGGAGUGCAGCUUGCUGAAGACGAUGGCCACUCCCACAUGACGCAGGGCCACUCAUCAAGAUCCAAGAGAAGUGCCUACCCAAGCACCAGUCGAGGUCUAAAAACUAUGCCUGAAGCCAAAAAAUCAACCCACCGGCGGGGGAUUUGUGAAGAUGAAUCUUCCCACGGAGUGAUAAUGGAAAAAUUCAUCAAGGAUGUGUCACGCAGUUCCAAAUCGGGAAGAGCAAGGGAGUCAAGCGACCGGUCACAGAGAUUCCCCAGAAUGUCAGAUGAUAACUGGAAGGACAUUUCAUUGAACAAGAGGGAGUCAGUGAUCCAGCAGCGGGUUUAUGAAGGGAAUGCAUUUAGGGGAGGCUUUAGGUUUAAUUCAACCCUUGUUUCCAGAAAGAGAGUUCUUGAAAGAAAGAGGCGCUAUCAUUUUGACACAGAUGGGAAGGGCUCGAUUCACGAUCAAAAAGCCUGUCCCAGGAAGAAGCCCUUUGAAUGUGGUAGUGAGAUGAGAAAAGCCAUGAGCAUGAGCAGCCUGAGCAGCCUCAGCUCCCCCUCCUUUACCGAGUCACAGCCAAUUGAUUUUGGGGCAAUGCCAUAUGUAUGUGAUGAGUGUGGGAGGUCGUUCAGUGUCAUCUCAGAAUUUGUUGAGCACCAGAUCAUGCAUACUAGAGAGAACCUCUAUGAGUAUGGUGAGUCCUUUAUUCACAGUGUGGCUGUCAGUGAAGUUCAGAAAAGUCAGGUUGGAGGGAAACGUUUUGAAUGUAAGGACUGUGGAGAGACCUUCAAUAAGAGUGCCGCCUUGGCUGAACAUCGGAAGAUUCAUGCUAGAGGUUAUCUUGUGGAAUGUAAGAAUCAGGAAUGUGAGGAAGCCUUCAUGCCUAGCCCCACCUUUAGCGAGCUUCAGAAAAUAUAUGGCAAAGACAAAUUCUACGAGUGCAGGGUGUGUAAGGAAACCUUCCUUCAUAGUUCUGCCCUGAUUGAGCACCAGAAAAUCCACUUUGGGGAUGACAAAGAUAAUGAGCGUGAACAUGAACGUGAACGUGAGCGUGGGGAAACCUUUAGGCCCAGCCCAGCCCUUAAUGAGUUUCAGAAAAUGUAUGGUAAAGAGAAAAUGUACGAAUGUAAGGUGUGUGGGGAGACUUUCCUUCAUAGCUCAUCCCUGAAAGAACAUCAGAAAAUCCAUACUAGAGGGAACCCAUUUGAAAACAAGGGUAAAGUGUGUGAGGAAACCUUUAUUCCUGGUCAGUCCCUUAAAAAGCGUCAGAAAACUUACAAUAAGGAGAAGCUCUAUGACUUUACAGAUGGCCGGGAUGCCUUCAUGCAAAGCUCAGAGCUCAGUGAGCAUCAGAAAAUUCAUUCUCGAAAGAACCUCUUUGAAGGCAGAGGGUAUGAGAAAUCUGUCAUUCAUAGUGGGCCAUUCACGGAAUCUCAGAAGAGUCAUACUAUAACAAGACCUCUUGAAAGUGAUGAGGACGAAAAGGCGUUCACCAUUAGCUCUAACCCCUAUGAAAACCAGAAGAUUCCCACUAAGGAAAAUGUCUAUGAGGCAAAAUCAUAUGAGAGGUCUGUUAUUCAUAGCUUAGCCUCUGUGGAAGCUCAGAAAAGUCACAGUGUAGCAGGGCCCAGUAAACCAAAAGUAAUGGCAGAGUCUACCAUUCAGAGCUUCGAUGCUAUCAACCAUCAGAGAGUUCGUGCUGGAGGGAACACCUCUGAAGGAAGGGAAUACAGUAGGUCUGUUAUCCAUAGCUUAGUGGCUUCCAAACCUCCAAGAAGUCACAAUGGAAAUGAAUUGGUGGAAUCUAAUGAGAAGGGAGAAUCCUCCAUCUAUAUCUCAGACCUUAAUGAUAAGCGACAGAAGAUUCCUGCCAGAGAGAACCCUUGUGAAGGGGGCAGUAAGAAUCGCAACUAUGAAGACUCUGUCAUACAGAGUGUAUCCCGUGCCAAACCUCAGAAAAGUGUUCCUGGAGAGGGAUCUGGUGAGUUUAAGAAGGAUGGCGAAUUCUCUGUUCCCAGCUCAAAUGUCCGUGAAUACCAGAAGGCUCGUGCUAAAAAGAAAUACAUUGAGCAUAGGAGCAAUGAGACCUCUGUAAUUCACUCUCUGCCUUUUGGUGAACAAACAUUUCGCCCUCGAGGGAUGCUCUAUGAAUGUCAGGAGUGUGGGGAGUGCUUUGCUCAUAGCUCUGACCUCACUGAGCACCAGAAGAUUCAUGAAAGAGAGAAGCCCUCUGGAAGCAGAAACUAUGAAUGGUCUGUCAUUCGCAGCUUGGCCCCUACUGACCCUCAAACAAGUUACGCCCAAGAGCAGUAUGCUAAAGAGCAAGCGUGGAACAAAUGUAAGGAGUUCAGACAAUUUUUUGCUACCAGCGAAGACCUCAACACAAACCAGAAAAUCUAUGACCAAGAGAAGUCUCAUGGCGAGGAGUCUCAAGGCGAGAAUACUGAUGGGGAGGAGACCCACAGCGAGGAGACCCAUGGUCAGGAGACAAUUGAAGACCCUGUCAUUCAAGGCUCAGACAUGGAAGACCCUCAGAAGGAUGACCCUGAUGACAAAAUCUAUGAAUGUGAGGACUGUGGCCUGGGCUUUGUGGAUCUCACAGACCUCACAGACCAUCAGAAAGUCCACAGCAGGAAGUGCCUGGUUGACAGUCGGGAGUACACACAUUCUGUAAUUCACACCCAUUCCAUCAGCGAGUAUCAGAGAGAUUACACUGGAGAGCAGCUGUAUGAAUGUCCAAAGUGUGGGGAAUCUUUUAUUCAUAGCUCAUUCCUUUUCGAGCAUCAGAGAAUCCAUGAACAAGACCAGUUGUAUUCCAUGAAGGGGUGUGAUGAUGGUUUUAUUGCCCUCUUGCCCAUGAAGCCACGGAGGAAUCGUGCUGCGGAGAGGAAUCCUGCUCUUGCUGGGUCAGCCAUUCGAUGCCUUUUGUGUGGACAAGGCUUCAUUCAUAGCUCUGCCCUUAAUGAGCAUAUGAGACUUCAUAGGGAAGAUGAUUUACUGGAGCAGAGCCAGAUGGCUGAGGAAGCUAUCAUUCCAGGCUUAGCCCUCACUGAGUUUCAGAGAAGUCAGACCGAAGAGAGACUCUUUGAAUGUGCAGUCUGUGGAGAAUCUUUCAUCAACCCAGCAGAACUUGCAGAUCACGUAACUGUUCAUAAGAAUGAGCCCUAUGAGUACGGGUCCUCCUAUACUCACACCUCAUUUCUUACUGAGCCCCUCAAAGGAGCUAUACCAUUCUAUGAAUGCAAGGAUUGUGGUAAGUCCUUUAUUCAUAGCACAGUCCUCACUAAACAUAAGGAGCUUCAUCUGGAAGAAGAAGAAGAAGAUGAAGCAGCAGCAGCUGCAGCAGCAGCAGCCCAGGAAGUUGAAGCCAAUGUCCAUGUUCCACAAGUAGUUCUGAGGAUUCAGGGCUCAAACGUAGAGGCUGCUGAGCCAGAAGUGGAGGCUGCCGAGCCAGAAGUGGAGGCUGCUGAGCCAGAAGUGGAGGCUGCUGAGCCAAACGGAGAGGCUGAAGGGCCAGAUGGAGAGGCUGCAGAGCCCAUUGGAGAGGCUGGACAGCCAAAUGGAGAGGCCGAGCAGCCAAAUGGGGAUGCUGAUGAGCCAGAUGGUGCAGGUAUUGAAGACCCAGAAGAAAGAGCUGAAGAGCCAGAGGGAAAAGCUGAAGAGCCAGAGGGAGAUGCCGACGAGCCUGACGGUGUGGGAAUUGAAGACCCAGAAGAAGGUGAAGAUCAAGAGAUUCAGGUAGAAGAACCAUACUAUGACUGCCAUGAAUGCACAGAAACCUUCACUUCCAGCACAGCAUUCGGUGAACACCUGAAAACUCAUGCCAGCAUGAUCAUAUUUGAGCCUGCAAAUGCCUUUGGGGAGUGCUCAGGCUACAUCGAACGUGCCAGCACCAGCACAGGUGGUGCCAAUCAAGCUGAUGAGAAGUACUUCAAAUGUGACGUCUGUGGGCAGCUCUUCAAUGACCGCCUGUCCCUCGCCAGACACCAGAAUACCCACACUGGCUGAGGGCAUGGGGUAAAGGUUAGAAAACCUUCACCUAGGACUUGACCCUUACCAAACCACAGAGAAUUCAAACCAAUCCAUGAUAAUGUCAGUAGGAGACUUAACCUUAGUGUGUUACACACCUGACUUAACAUCUCUAAACUCAGAUUGAAAAGAGACCGAAUGUGCAGAUUCCACAGUCUUAAGCUUUCCCCUUCAGAUGUCAGUGUCUGCAUGUGGGAAAGCCAUAGCACACAUCUUACCUUUCCAAGUAAUCAGAUUGAGAAAACCCUAUGAGUAUUCCAGACUACAAAGUUUGCCCAAAUCAACUGUAAAUGACACUUGUGUAACGUAUAUAUAGCGUUUCAUGAGGUGUAUAUAAAAUAGCAAAUUAUGACAGAACAGUGAUCACAUAUAUUUGGAUUUAAUAUGAUAUACAGUUACAGUUUACUCUGCAGAGGUACCUUACCUGGUAUUCUUUGAUUUUUUUUUUUUUGGAGGAGGAAGAGAGCAACAAAUUUGAUUAUAUUUUUAAGUGUCUUAGAUCCUGAGAAAGAUUUAUUGUGCAUUAUUUGAACCCUGUCAAUAUCUUUUUGAGUAAUUGUUUUGUUUCUUACCCUUAAAUAGUCUUGUGAAGCUGUAGGCAUGAUAGAUAACAUGGCUUUUACUCCUUACUGUUUGAAAAGAUAAGUACUUUAGCUUCUUUCUGCAGCCAUUUCAUCUGCACCAACACUUUGGAACCUAAUACUCUGUAAGGCUUUACAAUAUACGGAUUGGCUUUUUGUGACCCAGAUUGAUUGGUUGCCACAUGUUAUGUUUGUUGAAGUGGUUCUCAUUGUGUUCUGGGGUUUUUUUUUUUUUAACCAACUCAAUAUGUGUUUGAUGAUAGUGAAUUGAUAAAACCCGAAGCUUUUCCCUGUAAAUCUUACAUCUUUGCCUUUAAAGAAUGGGUUACAACCAUCACUAGAUCACAGUAGUGCCUAAUGAAGGUUGAGAACCGUAGGAGAGGCUCUCAUGCUGUAAAUAAUGUUGCAGGCUAAUAACCUUUCAUCACUUCCUUUGUGCGCUUCCUGCCUUAAGUGACAAGUAGCAACAUGGCUUGGGUCCCCUGUGCAGCAUCAGCUUAUGCUGCCACAAGUCAGUUUGCACCCUAGGUGCCCAGGAGCUAGUAUCCUUAGAUCUUUCUAUCGCUAACUUAAUUCUCUUCGUUAUUUAUCUGACCCUCUAACUCCAUGUCUAACUUGCAUUAAAAAAAAAAAAAAUUCUUUACAGUCAACCCAAGCUUAACAUGGACUCAGGUUCCCCAGCAGCCUUAAUUUGUUUUGUUAACAUCUGUUCCUUCUUUUUCAGCUCUCCUAGAGUAUUUCUGAGUGUUGUGUUCAUCUAAUCUUAGUAUUCUUUUAAUUACAAAUUGACCUCACAGCUUGAGGUUUCUUGUGUCCUAUUCUGUGGACUACCUGUGCUCCUUUGCUUCCCCUCCCCUCACAUAAUAACUAUAUUAAGAAAUUUUUUUUGGCCUUGAGUUGGCUGGAAAAAAAAUAUAAAAUUUAAAAAAUUAAAAAAAAAAGAUUUGCAAAAUGUAAGUGUAGAUCAUUUGAACAAGCAAAAUUAAAGUACCCACUGGGGGAAAUGUGUCUGAAUCUUACUCUUCUGGAUCUGCAGGAUUAGGGCUUGGAAGUAUGUCAAAGAUGCAGGGAGUGUCAAAGUUUAGGAAGAUUGUAGAGCUGAGAGCAAGAAGCAGAAAUGAGUGAGUCAAAGAAGGGAGUCCUAAUAUAUCACCAGAUCUAGUAGGGGAGAGGAGACAGACAGAAGAAAACACCAGAGGCAAGAACUGUAGAAGGCCAGGUUUCUGAGAAUGAAUUGAGUGGGGUGUCCUGAGCAGUUUGGAAAAGGAGUUUUUGAUGGUAUGGUGUAGGUGAGGGCUGGCUGCAUAGGAAGGCCUGAGGUUGGAACGGACAUCAGGAAAGCUGAGGGGCAGUGAGGUUUACUACAUGGGAAAAGGACUCUUGAAACGAGAAUCAGUGUUGAUGUCGGGGUGAACUUUGUGGGUACAUUACUUGGUGUUAACAUUGUUGGCAGUGGUAGCCCCUUUUCAGAAAGCAACUUGCUGUAAGUCAGGGUGUCCGUUCCAACCUUCAGCUAGUGAAAAGGUAGUAACAAAUGGUAAACAAGAGAAUGAUUGUUUAAACCUAUCUGUGGACACUUAAUGCAACUGUUUAAAAAUGAUAAUCACGAGUUAUGUAGCAACGUGGAAAUAUAUUUACAGAACAUUAAGUGGAGAAAGCAGGACACGAAAGUAUAUUUAUACUACAGUUAUAACUGUUUAAAAAUAUAUAUGCUUAUAGUCAAAAGCUGUUGUGGUGUUGUUGUUGUAGGCUUAUAGUUGAGCAUUAUUUUCUUAAAUUUCUUGAAUGUUCUUUAUGGUAGUGUUACUAAAAAGUUUAUGAUCACAUUUUCAUUGUGAACAUAAUUUGAACUCAUUAUCACACACUUGGAAAAUACAGAAAAGUGGAGGAAAAAAAAUCAUAUCCCCACCAUCCAAAGACAUAUACUCUCCUCUAUCUUGUUCAUUCUUGUUUCUGUGCACAGGUUUAUGAUUAUAACUGUGUCAAAAUGUAUAUUCAAAAUAGCUGUUACGUUACCUUUGUGGAAUUAUGGUUAAAUACUUUCACUUUAAUUUUUUCAAAUGUUCCCUAUAAUAAUGUCCUGAUAACAGUGUAUUAUGUAUGUCUCCAUUGGUGUGCAUAAUACAUACCCAGAGGAAAAAUUAGAAAAUAAAGUAAAUUAUUUAAAAAAAUUACCUAUAUUCCCAACACCCAACAACUACUGCUAACAUCUUGAUCUGUUUCCUCUAUCUUGUUUCAGUGCACACGCUUGUGAUAACAGUGUUAAAUAUGUGUGCAUAAAGUCUUAAAUGAAAAGAUGUGGAAAAUAACUAAAAUAGUGUUGUCAUUGUGGGAAUUUGGUUAAAUAUUUUGUCUCAAAUUCCUUAAAUAAUCUUUGGUGUUUUGGUAAUAAAUUUUAUGUAUGUAUUUUCCAUUACAAAUAUAAUACAUACUCAUACAAAACUUUGGAAAUUCAGUAAAGAAAAUUCACACAUAUUCCCAACACCCAACAACAAUUAACUGUUAACAUCUUGAUCUGUGCACUAGUCUGUGAUUAUUAGGGUGUUAGUGAUAAGUAUGCAUAAAUGUCAAAGAUGGGAAGAAAGAUGGAAAACAAGAAAUAGUUGUGUGGUUGUUGUGGGAUUAUGGUUAUUUUGUUUCGGUUUCCUUGAAAGGUCAUCAUUCUAGUGUUUUGGUAGUCCACCUUUACUACAUAUAUUUCCAUUAUAUAUGAAAUGUGUUCAUUAUAGAAACUUUGAAGUUACAGAAAUGUAGAAGAGAAACUCACCCAUGUUUUCACCAUCCAAAGAGUGUGGUUAACAUCUUGAUAUAUUUUCUUCAUCUUGUUUCUGUGCACAGGUUUUUGGUUUGUUAAUAUGGUUGUGGUCAUUCUAUCUGUAAUAGUGUCAACAAUAAAAAUAAAGUUAAAAAUAAA